AUGGAGCUGUUGAUCAUGAUCUCGGCCUGCAAGGGCGGUUCGGCCAACAAGAUUACUGCUGUGCUGCCGUACUUCCCCUACAGUCGUCAGUCCAAGAAGAAAUCCCACCGCGGUGCUAUCACGGCGAGAAUGCUUGCGAACCUCCUCGGUAUUGCGGGUGUGAAGCACGUCAUCACCGUCGAUCUCCACGCAUCCCAGAUGCAGGGCUUCUUCAAGUGCCCCGUUGACAACCUCCACGCCGAGCCGUUGAUCGCGAGAUGGAUCCGCCACAAUGUGCCCAACUGGAAGGAGGCUGUCGUGGUUUCUAAGAAUGCUGGUGGCACCAAGCGUGUAACAUCGCUUGCGGAUGCACUGAAGCUCAACUUUGGCAUGGUCACCACCGAGAAAAAGCGCGGAGGAAACAUGACGUCAAGUAUGAUCAUGCAUCAUCUCGGCGACUUGGACCGCGAGCCAGUGUUGGAGAGCAGCCGUGCAGGCCCUGCUCCUAAAGAGAGACCUUCUACCCCCCCUGCCGGCGGUCGUGCUGUUAGAGUCAGAACCGACGCCCAGGGCUCUCCUCAACCUACCAACCCCCCUCGUUCUCAUCCCCGCUCCAUGGAUGAGCGGCCUACAACUCCCACGCAGGCUAAGCCCCACGACGGUCCUAUUGAUGACGAGGAAGAGAGCGAUGCACAGUAUGAUGAUCGUCGUGCUCACGAAGUCACUCACGGACGUCUGGUUCAAGGUCACAUCGUGGAUGACGACUAUCCAUCCCCGGCCACUUCGACUGCGGGUGGCAGCAUCCGCGACGAAGACCCCAUGACCAUGUCUCAAGCCUCCUCUUUCUUCGCUCCUCAGCCCCACGCCUUAGGUGGCUCGGGAGACGCUGCCCCCGAGUCCGACGAGGAGGAUGACGUUCUCAAGGACCCCAAGAUUGAGCACAUGAUCACUUUGGUCGGUGACGUUAAGAACAGAUCUGUCUUCAUCGUGGACGACAUGAUUGACAAGCCCGGCUCCUGGAUCGCCGCGGCUGAGACUGUUGUCAAGAAGGGCCGCGCAAAGAAGGUGUACUGCAUGGCCACCCAUGGCGUGUUCGGUGGCGACUGCCUCGAGCAGAUGCAGGCAUGCGAGUGCAUCGACACCAUCCUUGUGACCAACAGCUUCCCGAUUCCCGAGGACCAGGCGAAACGCUGCCCCAAGCUCGUUGUUCUGGACCUCUCCUUCCUUCUGGCCGAGGCCAUCCGUCGUAACCACUACGGAGAAUCCAUUUCUCCCCUGUAUCAGCACAUUCUGGACUAG